AUGGAGGGAGAGAGUGGUACUAGUAUUGAGAAAGGAUUGUUAUCGGCAAAUAAGGAAGAGAUCAGUAGUAGUAGUGCAACUACAAGUACUCCACUUCUUUUCUUCGCCACUUUCAUCAUUGUCUCUGCUUCCUUCUCCUUUGGCGUUUCCUUAGGGUAUACUGCUGGUACGAUGGGCUCCAUUAUGGAAGAUCUUGAUCUUUCGAUCGCACAAUUUUCUGUAUUUGGUUCGCUACUGACGUUUGGAGGAAUGAUCGGCGCAAUAUUUAGCGCCACAAUUGCAGAUUCAUUUGGUCGUAAAAUGACUUUGUGGAUCGCGGAGGUAUUCUGCAUAAGUGGAUGGCUUGCAAUUGCAUUAGCCAAGAAUAUUAUUUGGCUGGACUUGGGACGAUUCUUUGUGGGAAUUGGAGUUGGUCUCCUUAGCUACGUGGUUCCUGUAUAUAUCGCAGAAAUAGCUCCCAAAAAUGUGCGAGGCACUUUUACUUUUAGCAAUCAGCUGUUGCAAAACUGUGGGCUCGCAGUGGCGUAUUACCUUGGAAAUUUCAUGUCAUGGAGAUCGAUUGCCCUAAUCGGCAUAUAUCCAUGCUUGAUACAACUUUUUGGAUUGUUCUUCGUUCCUGAAUCUCCAAGAUGGCUGGCGAAAGAAGGACGCGACGAAGAAUGUGAGGUUGUUCUUCAGAAAUUAAGAGGAAAAGAUGCUGAUAUCAUAAAAGAAACUCGAGAAAUCAUGAUUUCUGUUGAAGCUUCCGCGAAUAUCAGCAUGCGUAGUCUUUUCAAAAGGAAAUAUACUCAUCAACUUACAAUCGGUGUAGGUUUGAUGCUUCUGCAACAGUUAAGUGGAAGUGCCGGAAUAUCUUAUUACGUAGGCAGCAUCUUUGAUCUUGCAGGUUUUCCUUCACGGAUUGGGAUGACGGUGUUGUCUAUUGUCGUGGUACCAAAAGCUAUAGUGGGUCUGAUACUUGUGGAACGAUGGGGAAGACGACCACUUCUCAUGGCAUCAGCAUCUGGGUUAUGUUUGGGUUGUAUCAUUCUUGCAUUAGCGUUUGCACUGAAAGGUGUCCCUGGCUUUGUAAAUUUUACUCCCACUUUGGCAUUUAUAGGAGUAAUGACAUUUAGUAUGAUGUUCGCAGCUGGAAUAGGAGGACUACCAUGGAUUAUAAUGUCUGAGAUAUUCCCGAUGGACAUGAAAGUAGUAGCUGGGAGUUUGGUAAGCAUAGCGAACUGGUUUACUGGUUGGAUCGUCAGCUACUGUUUCAAUUUUAUGCUUCUUUGGAGCCAAACCGGGACUUUUAGUAUAUUCGCUAUGAUAUGUGGAGGAACGAUUGUAUUCGCAUGGUGUAUGGUACCUGAAACUCGAGGAUUAACCUUAGAAGAAAUCCAACUUCGACGUACGUUCUAAUUAAUAAUCUUAUCUCAACUGUCCAAUACAAAACGUGUUGCUGAACCAAAUAAAAAAAAUCAAAUACAAAAUGUGUGUUUGUAUUGUAACAAUGUGAAGCGAUUAUGGUCUAAAUUUUCUGUAAGGUCGUCAUGUUACUCAUCAUGGCACUGAACAUGUUCGUUUUUGGGUGGUUAUUAAGAACGUAAAAAGUAGAGCAAAAUCUUAUUAACAU